AUGGCUAAUGAAUUUAAAGUACUCGUUUACAUGACGGCCAUUCUUGGCACUGGAUACGGUCUCAUGAAGUAUACCGUGCCUGACGAAGAGCAAAUUAAAAAGCGUUUGGAUCCAGUACUGCGUAGAGAAUACGAUCAAAUCAAGGCGACCAAUCGUGAAAAAGGGCAACAAAUGAUGGACUUGAUGCGUGAAGCUGCCGAAAGUGACAAGCCAGCAUGGGAAAUUGUCAACCAAAGAAAAUAA